AAUUUCCCGGCAAGACAAAUCCCACCAAUCCUCCAAAAAUUACAUACACCUCUCCAAAAAUUACACACACCUCCCUCUUCUCCACUCAGAAAAACCCUAAUUUCUCUCUCUCUCUCUCUCUCUCUAUUGCGCACACAGUGACUCAGUGAACGAGAAUAUCACUUUCAGAUUCAAGCGCCGAAUCUAUAAACUGUUGAUUUGAGCUUUGAUUUACUGGAUUGUGAAGAUUGUAUGGCGGAGGAGAGGAAUGGGGAUCGAAGUGAAACGAGUGAUUACACAUCGGAAGACGAAGGGACUGAGGAUUACAGGCGCGGGGGUUACCACGCGGUUCGAAUCGGCGAUACAUUCAAGCAUGGGCGUUACGUUGUGCAGAGCAAGCUCGGGUGGGGACAUUUCUCCACUGUUUGGCUCGCUUGGGACACUCAGAAAUCUAUAUAUGUAGCUUUAAAAGUUCAAAAAAGUGCUCAGCAUUACACUGAGGCGGCAAUGGACGAGAUAACAAUCCUAAAACAGAUUGCUGAAGGAGACCCAGAUGACAAAAAGUAUGUUGUGAAGCUUUUGGAUCACUUUAAACAUUCAGGGCCAAAUGGGCAGCACGUUUGUAUGGUUUUCGAGUACUUGGGUGACAAUCUUCUGACCCUAAUUAAGUAUUCAGACUAUAGAGGAAUCCCUCUUCACAUGGUCAAAGAAAUCUGUUUCCACAUUUUAGUGGGUUUGGAUUAUUUGCAUCGUCAGCUCUCGAUUAUCCACACAGAUCUGAAGCCAGAGAAUAUACUGCUUUUAUCUAUGAUUGAUCCGGCAAAAGAUCCGACGAAGUCAGGCAUGCCUCUGAUACUCCCAUCCAGUAAGAAUAAGAUAGUGGCUGACUCUGGAACUUCAAAAGAUGUGAAGAGCUUAAACAGUGAUUUGACCAAGAACCAGAAGAAGAAAAUUAGGAGAAAGGCUAAGCGGGCUGCUCAAAAGUGUGUCGGGAAGGAAGUCUCUAGGGAAGGUGAGCUGGAUAGUGAAACAACUAGUCCAGAAGAUUCUUGUCGUGAUGAGAAAUCAAAUGGGGAUGCUGUUGAAGAACAAACCAGUUCUCUAGAACUGAAAAAUAAUUCAACAAACACAGAUGGAGUAAAGGACGCUAACCAAGGAAAUCAAGGUCGUAGGAGAGGCAGCCGUUCCGCUAGGCAGAAGCUGUUGGCUGAUGUUGACCUUAAGUGCAAAUUGGUUGAUUUUGGUAAUGCUUGUUGGACCUAUAAACAAUUUACAAGUGAUAUCCAGACAAGACAAUAUAGAUGCCCAGAGGUUCUUUUAGGAUCUAAGUAUUCAACUUCAGCUGAUCUAUGGUCCUUCGCUUGUAUUUGCUUCGAGAUGGCCACUGGUGAUGUUCUCUUUGAUCCUCAUAGUGGUGACAACUAUGACAGGGAUGAGGAUCACUUGGCCCUGAUGAUGGAGCUUCUUGGAAUGAUGCCACGUAAGGUAAGUGUUCUCUGCGACUUGCUGCAAGAAAUGUGAACCGGUUGAUCUUGAAAUCCAUCUAAAUCAGUUGACAACUGUAUAACGCUUGCCACCAUAUAGUGCUCUUUUCUUUUCCAGUACUUGAUUAACAUCCCUCACAGAUUGCUUUGGGUGGGCGCUAUUCGCGGGAAUUCUUCAAUAGACAUGGGGAUUUGAGGCACAUCCGUCGAUUGCGAUUCUGGCCUCUUAGGAAGGUGCUCAUGGAGAAGUACGAGUUUAGUGAGCAGGAUGCACAUGACAUGGCCGAUUUCCUUGUUCCAAUACUUGAUUUUGUCCCUGAGAAAAGGCCUACGGCUGUGCAAUUGCUUGGUCAUCCAUGGAUCAGCUCAGGCCCUCGACUUCUUGUGCCUUCCAUGGUUGGUUCUCUACCCCAGGCAACGGAUAAUGGUAUUUCCGAGAAGAAGAGAGAGAAGGACGAGAGGGAGGCAAUGGAGGUUAGGGUGGGGAAUAUUGCCAUUGAUGGAGCUUCAGAGCUUGUCAAAGAAUCUCAACCCACAGUAAACGCACCAAAACAGACAUAAAUAGCUAUUGAUACUUUAUGAACCUUUUUUGACCUUACACAGCUUUGCCGAACUAGUGGGUGCUCACCCCCCCCCCCCCCCCCCCCCAAACAAAACACCCCCCAAGCGGGAAAAAAAAACCUUCCUCCCCAUUCCUGCCCCCCUGGUUUGAGGAAUAGGAGGUGGAAGCGCACUGUCCUCAUCUAUCAUCUUCAGUUGUGAAAGAAUAUCCUAUCCAAGCACGCUCAAAAUUCAGUAGUACUAAUUUUCUCGAAGUGUAUCCCCAUCUAUGCUCAACAGAUUGCAUUUGAUAGAGUUUCUUGUACAAUUUCUAUUCUCUGUUUUGGGCUAUUAAUGUAUCAGACAUUUACCUGGAGACUGAUUCUAUUGUGAUGGUGACAAUUGUUGGAUAGGAAAUUGUACAUUUGGCUGAGUUGGUGUCCAUGAUUUUUUAUAAAAGA